ACCGGGGUUUGGGCAGAGGAGGCGACAAGGAGAACUUGGUUUCAAAGCGCACGGAUUUAUCUCGCCGCUGACAAAAGAGCUGCUGAAGAGUUUACCGGGGGGAAAAGCAGAAAAAGAAAAAGGAAAAAAGUAGGAGAAACUGGACGGAGGGGAAGAUUUACGCACCGCCGAGUUUUGAACGGAACAGAAGCGCCUUUUACGCACAGACACAGGUGGAUGCUGGGAAGCGGACCCCCUCGUAGGAGAUGUUACCCCUGGCACAGUUCGGGGUCCUGUCGGCCCUGACCACCGCGCUCACCUCGGUCCUGUCCGCGCUCUUGCUGCUGGCGCUGACCCGGCAGCUGUGGAGCCUCCGCUGGAGCCUGACCCGGGACAAAGAGAGCAGCCUGCCGCUGCCGAAGGGCUCCAUGGGCUGGCCACUAGUCGGAGAGACGUUCCACUGGCUUUUCCAGGGUUCCAACUUCCACAUCUCGCGCAGAGAACGUCACGGCAACGUGUUUAAGACCCAUCUCCUUGGGAAACCCGUCAUCCGGGUGACUGGCGCAGAAAACAUCCGCAAGAUCCUGCUGGGCGAACACAGCCUGGUGUGCACCCAGUGGCCCCAGAGCACCCGCAUCAUCUUGGGACCCAACACCUUGGUCAACUCCAUCGGAGACCUGCACAAGAGGAAGAGAAAAAUCCUGGCUAAAGUGUUUAGCCGGGGGGCUCUGGAGUCCUACCUGCCCCGGCUGCAGGACGUCAUCAAGUCUGAAGUCGCCAAGUGGUGCUCGGAGCCGGGCGCCAUCGACGUUUACAGCGCCGCCAAGGCCCUGACGUUUCGCAUCGCUGUCAGAGUCCUGCUGGGUCUGCAGAUGGAGGAGGAGCGGAUCGUUUACCUGGCCCAAAUCUUCGAGCAGCUGAUGAACAACCUCUUCUCGCUCCCCAUAGACGCUCCGCUCAGUGGGCUACGCAAGGGGAUAAAAGCCAGGGAAAUCUUGCACGCCAACAUGGAGAAAAUCAUUGAGGAAAAGAUGGAUCGGCAGCAGGCGGAAGAGGAAUACCACGAUGCCUUCGACUACAUAUUGUUCAGCUCCAAAGAGCAUGGCCAUCAGCUCAGCAUCCAGGAGCUCAAGGAAACGGCAGUAGAGUUGAUCUUCGCUGCUCACUCCACCACCGCCAGCGCCUCCACAUCGCUUAUUCUUCAGCUUCUUCGCCAUCCAGAGGUGGUGGAGAGGGCCAGGGUCGAGCUGGACGCCGAGGGCCUCGGCUGCGAAUCCCACAGCAGUCCCAGCCCACCGGCUGUCGCCAUGGAGAAAGAGGAGGACACAGAGACAACCUGCCUGCUGAACGGAGGCUGUCAAAAUCACAGCGAUGGUUUCCCACAGACCCAGUCUCACGUGCCGUAUCUGAGCCUGGACAAGCUGAGCCAGCUCCGCUACGUCGACUGUGUUGUAAAAGAGGUUCUCCGCUUCCUGCCGCCAGUCUCGGGUGGUUACCGGACAGCCCUGCAGACAUUUGAAUUAGACGGCUACCAGAUCCCCAAAGGCUGGAGUGUAAUGUACAGCAUCCGGGACACCCAUGAGACUGCAGCGGUCUUCCAGAGCCCGGAGCUGUUUGACCCAGACCGGUUCGGCCCAGACCGGGAGGAGAGUCGGUCUGCUCGGUUCAGCUACGUUCCGUUCGGCGGUGGCGUGCGGAGCUGCGUAGGGAAAGAACUGGCACAGAUCAUCCUAAAGACUCUGGCUGUGGAGCUGAUCGGGACUUGCAAAUGGACUCUGGCCACGGAGAACUUUCCCAAGAUGCAGACAGUGCCGAUAGUGCACCCGGUAAACGGGCUGCAUGUGCAUUUCACUUACCUGCGUAAGUAAUUUAACUUUCAAUGUGCUUCUGGAAAAAAAAAAAAAACUCUCCAAGCCCAAGGAAGAAGGCACAAGCAACAUGCCGGGCCUGAUGGCACAAUUUAGGCGCCCUUUUCUUUUACACGGACAUGAAUAAGGGGUUUACAUCGCUGGUUUGGAGCGCGUCAUCAUCCCUUUGGUGGUUUGGUCCAAAACUAAGACAACCACUUUCUGUCGUAGCACAAGUACAUGUUUAACCUCCUAAUCUGUUCACCUGCAGCAUAUCGUUUCCCAGCUUAUACUAUUCUUUACAUGCAUUUUUUAAGUUAUUCAUGUAUCGAGUUGCAGUGCAAAAAGCAGCAUUUUUCUUCCUUAUUUUCAAACAGAAGGUCAGGGUUCGCCCUGCUGAACGGACUGCACACUUAAGUUACAACAGCGAACGUUUCUAUUCAGAGCUAAAAAACAAACAUGUAAGCGCCUCAUGAGCAGACUUCAGGCACAUUUUUGUAUAACAGAAUAGAAAGACUUUCUAUGAAGCCAGUUUUGUUCCAAGUUUCUUGGCUCUGAUGAAGCCCAGGGACAAAGAUGCAGCAUUUUGUUGUGAUACGCAAAGUGGUUUACAGAUGUUAAAAUCCACUUUUAUAUUUUUAGCUUUUACAUCAAUGUGGCUCAGUAAGGACAUAUCCAUGGGCUAUGCAUGCUGACAUAAGUCAUGAGUAUUUCACUCUCCUUACAUUUACAAAACCUUUAAGAUUCACGGUGAGCCUUUUCACAAAAACAAAUUCUUCGAGUCUAGGGACAGAAGUGGGGAAAUCACCUUCAAUGACUGUGUUUAGACCUUAAAGUUGUUUCUAUUUAGAUCUUUUCACUAGGGUUGGGUGCCGAAACCUCCGUGCUAAUACGGCACCGGUGCCUUAACCACCGGUAUCUACCUGACGGAAUGGCCACGCGGAUUUCGUUGCCUCAUUUCAGUGCCACUUAAAUGCCUGCGCUGCUCUCUGAUGCUCCAAAAAGUAUCGCUGAAUGUGACGCUAGUUAACACUACACUUGGCAGCAGGAAACGUUAGUCUACCGUUAGCUAUUAGCUGGAUUAAAGAAAGUUAAAAUGCUGAGUUAAACGGUGUAGAUUGUGAGUGUAUUUCACUGUAGAGGAUUUCAUCACCAGGACGUUCAACAGUCUGCAGCUGCCGUUGUCGGAAAAACACCAACGGUAUGUUUACUUGAAACUAGUAAGCCUUGAGGUGCAUUCAGAGUUAUUGAAAAAAAUACAAUUUUCCCAUUCAGUGGUUGUUUUUGUUUUACCAGCAAUUUAC